AAAUUGUUACUGAAACUACUAAGCAGAUCAUUAACGUUUACACUAUAAAUACAAAUCUGUCGUCUGACCAAAAUAUUCAUCACAAAUUUAUAUAACUCGUUGACAAAGAGAAACCAAAAAAAAAAAAAAAAUAUGGGAAGUGGAAUGAUAAAGACGAUGGCUAUAGCAAUAACUUUAUUCAUGAUCGGUUCUGACAAUGUCGACGUGGCGACAGCUCAGGUCUGUGGAGCUAACUUGUCGGGACUGAUGAAUGAGUGUCAACGCUACGUCAGCAACGCCGGACCAAAUUCUCCGCCACCGUCUCGGUCUUGUUGUGCUCUAAUACGUCCUAUCGACGUACCUUGUGCAUGCCGCUACGUUUCAAGGGAUGUUACCAACUAUAUUGAUAUGGACAAAGUGGUUUACGUUGCUCGUUCUUGCGGCAAGAAGAUCCCCUCCGGUUAUAAAUGUGGAAGUUACACCAUUCCAGCGGCUUAGUUAAAGAAGAAGGAUACCAAGAGUAUUUGGAUUUGCUAUAAUAAAAUAAUGAGGUGUAUUAGUGUCUGAAUAAUGAUGAUGAUGAUGAUGAUAUCUGAAUAUUGUAAAGUUUAUGUAAAUCAAAAUGGAGGUCAUGGUCGGAGGAUGAUGAGACGAUGGCAAUAGUUUGAGAAUCAGAUCAUGAUGAUAUUAGUGCAGUGCUUAAACUAUAUUUUUCAUUUGGAACAGUAAAAGAAACCUGAACUAACGAACUCACUUCCUACUUCCACUACGGUUAAGCUGAAUUGCUCGAUCAAUUAACACCAAAGUCCCCAAUAAAUAGGCUUACUAUUAUAUAACGCGUGUGAUUGGGUCCUACUUUCUAUCAAGUUUGAAGUUUGACUUUGAGAUGAAACUGACGUUUAGUGUAAAAUAAAUAAGAUAUCACAACACACUGACUCAUUUAUUAAAAAUAUAUAUAUAAAUUGAUUACACUUAACAAAAUUAACAUUAAAUUAAUCCACAUUUUAUUGGUAUUUAAUUAUUUACUAUUGAAUGUAGGACAAAAUGAAGUAAGAGAAAUAGUAAAUAAUUAACUAAUGUGAAAAUCAAACCCACAGGUAACAGUUUUUCUAAGGGCAUAAAGUAGUAACAAAACCACGUCCAGUUUAACAAAUACUACUUGCGCGGCUUCUUCAGCCUCUUGUUUUCGUUCUUUAUCACUUUCUCGACUCUCUCACCUUUAUAAACUCAACUCUCCACGCAUCUCCAAACACAUAGCUAACUAUCUAAAGAUCGGAACAUUGUUUAACUAUAAGAUUUUUAAAAAGAAAAAACAAGAUGAGCGCCGGAAAGCGAGCUUCGUUGGCGGUGGCGACAGCGAUCGCGGUGGUGGAAGUGCUUAAGGACCAAGGCGUUGCUCGGUGGAAUUACCCUCUCCGUUUACUCUACAAAAAAGGCAUGGCUCACGUCCGUACCAUCACUAUCCCAUCUCGUCCCUCUCCUCCUUCUUCUUCUUCUUCUUCCGCUGAUUUCAUCAGAUCCAAACAGGCCACGACCACAUCCUUUGAGAAAUCUAUGGGGCUUAGCUGCUUUGGUCCAACCACCGUUAGAUUUUAGAUCUCUCCCAUUGUAUCAUUCGAAUGUCGGAAUGUGCGUGUCUCCAUAUGACUUGUUUUUGUUUUGCCAUAUAAUCGUAAUUAGGUCCACCAAUGCUUGAACUUUGGAACCAUUGUUCUAACAUUCAUCAGCUUUAAACAACUUUUUAUCAAUUCUCUUAACUUUAAAACCAAUUUUUUUUUUUUAAUCAAUUUCGAAAUAAAUCUCCCUCACGGGUUCGGUUUUUAAUAUAGACUUGACCAAAACAAACCGGUGUGUUAAUCAGGAAAAAUAUAUAUAUUCAUAUA